UUCAGAUUUUUCUACUCUACAUGUUCUUUACACCUUUACACAUUAUAGUUUUCUAGAAGUUCAAUAAGACUCCGUUUGUCCUCCUGAUCAACUCGCUUGUCAUGAAAAGUUUGAUCAUGAAAAUGAAACAUUUUUUCAAAGAGAAUUCAUUGCCUAGUAUUUCCAACAAUGCAUCUAUCCGAGACUUGUCUAGAGAUGAUCAAGAGAUGGGCUCAAGUACCAUGUCAGGGAAUGGGGAUAUCUUGAUCGAAAACUCAGGUUUUCACUGCUUUCCCCAUGGAAAAGAUCUAAAUCUUGCUCGGGCGAUUUUGGCAGAGAUGCUGGGGACUUUUAUUUUAAUGUUUAGCAUAUGCGGGAUCAUAACAAGCACUAGGCUAACUGGAGGUGGAGCAGCUCUGCUGGAAUACGCAACCACGGCAGGGUUAACAAUCGUUGUGCUGAUUUUCUCCAUAGGAUCCAUAUCUGGUGCCCAUGUUAACCCUGCAGUCACGAUUGCCUUUGCAGCAUUUGGCCAUUUCCAGUGGUCCAGGGUACCACUUUACAUACUGGCACAAAUUCUGGGUUCUGUUUUGGCAACAUUUACGGGGGAGUUUAUCUAUGGCAUAAAAUCAGAUCUUAUGGUAACCCGGCCAGGCCAAGGCUGCGAAGCGGCCUUCUGGGUGGAGCUCAUUGCCAAUUUCAUUGUCGUGUUUGUACUUGCAGCACUAACACACCAAUCACAAUCUGUUGGUCCAGUGUCUGGACUGGUUAUUGGAAUAGCCAUUGUGCUUGCAGUCCUUAUCACAGGGCCUAUUUCAGGAGGAUCACUCAAUCCUGCCAGGUCAUUGGGACCUGCAAUUGUUUCAAGGAAUUUCGAAAGACUUUGGAUAUAUCUUACUGCCCCAGUAAUUGGAGCUGUCACAGGUGCCCUCCUGUAUCGAUUUCUGCGUCUCCAAGGCCCAGCAUAUAGUCCCAGCUCCUCUCCUGACAGCAGUAUGCUUAGCCACUCCUUGGCCUUUGGAAGGAGCUAGUAAAGAAGGCAGUUGAUCUAGAGAUAGCUGAUUCCCCAAAAGUUGAUUAAGUCACCUAUAUUUACAAGCAACGCAAAGCAGAAAAUCAUGGGGAGUUGGUUUUCUUUGGAGGAUACAAGGGAGUUAAAAAGCAGGAUUGAAGCAUGGCAUUACGAGAUAGAUUGAGCUUUGUCUCAAGAAUUUUCAGAACAUGGCUGUCAAAUGUGCGUUGUUAUCAUUUAUGAGUUUAGUAUAAUCCUAAUAAACCAGAAUUUAGGUUGAAAUGUGCAUUGUUAUCAUUUAUGAGUUCAAUAUAACUAGGGUCAAUUGGGUUUUAACA